AUGAAGGCAAUCGAUGGAUCGUGAGGGUUUCUGCGAUCGUGAAAUCAUAGACGACGAGUCAUGGGAAGUCAGUGCUGUAAAUGCGACAAGGAGAAAAACUAUAUCUUGGAUCAAUCUCAUCGAUCUAGAUAUCGGUAUCGAGGGGAGCCACCCAUGCCCAGUAACCGCUUUCAUGUUGAAACCCGGGGUAACGUGGUACAACUGACUUUACAGCACGCAAGCAAAGGAGACGCGGGUCAUUACGCUCUUGUUGCGAAGAAACUACCACAUGACAACGAAUCCGAGCGGCUUUUCGCAAGACGCGUCUACAUGAGUGUCGAUGAGCCCUCCUUCACCGAGGAGGGCGAACCACCCUUCUUCUUACGACGGCUGACUGAUCUUACCGUUAAGGUUGGAACAAGGACGCGUUUUCUGGUAGAGAUACGUAGUCCCAUCGAUCCUAAGGUGACUUGGCACAGAAAUGACGUACCGAUCCAUACGGGAUCGCGUCUUUCCAUCGUCCAUGAGGGCAACUUUUAUUGUGUGGAUGUUGCACCGGUCACCGUCGAGGAUCAAGGCCACUGGACUUGCAUGGCAGAAAAUCGUUCGGGACGCUCAUCCUGCACCUCGCACCUCAACGUCUUAGUUCCAAAAGCCUAUAAAAAGCCACAAUUUGUAAGUGAACUUCGUGCGUUAUUGACAGAAACUGGCACUGUAUCAUUAGAAUGUAAAGUUAUUGGAGUCCCCACACCAGUUUUAAAAUGGUUUAAAGAUGAGAAAGAAAUUAAAGCUGGCGAUGUUUUUGCAUUGACUGCUAAUCCCGAUGAUCCCACAUCUUUAGGAGUAUACAAAUGUGAAGCAGUUAAUUGUAUGGGUACUGCUUACUCGUCAUCUAAAGUUCAUAUUGUCGGUAGAGGAAGCAGGGAAGGAUCUUUAAGACCGGCUGAUAGUUUAAUAGUAACUGGAGAUCCUCCAAUUUUUAAAAAAAUUUUAAGAGACGAUUCCUGUAAAAUUGGAGAAAGUAUUUUACUAUCUUGUCAGGUUCAAGUGCCACCUUGGCCUAAGGAAAUUACUUGGUACAAUAAAGAAGGACGUGUAGAGGCAAAUGAUCGCUACAAAAUUAUAGAAGAUGGACUUGGCGGUUAUUCAAUUCAAGUACAUCCAGCGGAAGCUAUAGACGAAGGCGAGUGGAAAUGUGUUGCAACCAGUGAGGAUAAUGUUAAACAAUUUACAACAUGUUUUGUCGCAAUGUCCAUUCCAAAAAACUAUAGAAAGCCUCGAUUUAUGGAGAGCUUAAAGGCAGUAUUGACGGAUGAAGGACUUGUAUCAUUUGAAUGUAAAGUGGUAGGUUUUCCAACUCCUUUAUUAAGAUGGUUCAAAGAUGGACAGGAACUUAAGCCUGGUGAUGUUUAUCAAUUAACAGGAACUAAUUCUUUAGGAUCAUACUGUUGUAUAGCAAGAAACUGUAUGGGUUAUGCCAAAAGUACAGCUGAACUCACUGUUGAAGACAUCCAGAAUCAAUUAAAUGAAGAAGAACGACUACAACUUUUAACUACAAAUCAACCACCAAAAUUUAUAAAAGGUUUAAGAAGUGCCGAAGCCAGAAUUAGUGACAACUUUAAAUUUUCCGUACAAGUUAGUGUUUUGCCUGAACCUAGUCUAGUGUGGUAUCGCGACGAUCAUCCAAUAAAUAAUGAAGAGAAAUAUCGAGUAGAACAAGAAACACUCGGCAUUUGUCAUUUAGAAAUUCAAAAACUUGAAUUUUGCGAUCAAGCCGAGUGGAAAUGUAUUGCCAGUAACGAUUUUGGUCAUAGCAUAACUUCCUGCUUCCUCAAACUCAUCAUUCCAAAACAUUACAAGAAGCCUAAAUUUUUGGAGAAUUUACGUGCUAUUUUAUCCGAUGGCGGCGCAGUUAACCUUGAGUGUAAGGUUAUUGGUAUUCCACAACCUAUAUUAAAAUGGUAUAAGGAUGGAGAAGAACUUAAGCCUGGUGAUAUUCAUAGAAUAAUUUCUGGUAAAGAUGGAACAUGUUGUUUAGGUACUUAUACAUGUGAAGCAAUCAAUUGUAUGGGAACCGUAUGUAGCUCAGCGUCUCUUCUUGGUUUUGAAGAUCGCGUUGCUUCAGCUCAAUUAUUUGAUGUUACAUCACCAAUACUAUCUCAAAUAGAGCGUGAACAAGAACUAGCUCGAAAUCUUUCAUUAUCAACAAUUCACGAGGAAAGAACAUCACAGCUUGUAGAUACAGCACAAACUGAUCAUUCCGUGACUGUUGAUGAUCGAGGUGAAGUUUCUUUUAGUUUUGAUGGAAAAGAAGUUUCGGUCAGCCUUUAUGAAACUCCUGAUCUUACAGAAGAAGAAGCUUUACAAGUAGUUGAAAUGUAUGCAGAUCAACUUUCUGAACACAUUACAGAACAUAAUGUUGUGGAGUUACCACCAAUGCGAUUUGUUAAAGAAACUUCUACAUCUGGAAAUUUAUUAAUGGAAGCAGUAGUUAUUGAUGUACCUCCAAAUUAUUUUGCUAGUGUUGAAGAAGGAGAUGAUUUAUGCACUGACGCUGAUCUUGAAGAUAUAUCGACCGUAGAUGGUGUUUCAUUUUCAUCUCCACCGUUAACUGAAUCAGCAGAGGAAGGGAGAAUACCCAUUCGUCCACCAAGGAGGAAAUCAGGAAGCGUUUUUUCAAAAAUACAAGACCAACAAGAAUCAGAAAGUUACCAUAGUGCUAAGGAACCAUUAAUUACGUUAAAACAGGACAAAGAUCAUUUUGAAAUGGACAUUGACAGUGAAGUAUUUGCGGAUGCUCUUUCCUCAGUUAGUAUCAAAACCGAUAGUAUUGCAAUGGAUAAUAAAAACAAAAAGCGAACUAUUUACGAUGACUUUAGUUUCGAGACCAGUGAUAAAUCGUUAGAUUCUGUUUCUGAAAAAUCUGUGAAAUCAAAAAUUAAAACAAACAAAUUAAAUAAAAAACAACGAUUAGGAGAAAGAGAUAGUUUGGAGGAGCUUUUUGUAUCUAUAGAAAAUAAUCAAGCAGAUAGAAAAUCAAUAAAAUCUAUGGUAUCAAGUGAUAAUGAACAUGAAGAACGCAUUAAGAAAUUUAACAAAGAAAAAUUUGUUGAUUUGCUCCGACAAAUUUCUGAUCCUGUUUUAAUUGUAAGAGAAACUUUAAUAGACUCCGACUAUUGCAUUCGAGAUGAGGAAAUCAUUAACACGAUUGUAACCAAUAAUAUCGUAGUUCCCAUUCAAAAUCUUUGUGAAAUAAUAACCGACAUUGAGACAAAAGCUUUGAAGCAUGCUGGUGACAGAUCGUCAAUUCAAAAUGUGCGAAUUUCAAUUUUAGAAAAUAUUGGUGGACCAACCGAAGAACUGUUAAGAGCCUUAGAAUUAAUAGGACGUCAAGAAAAUGAGGGCAAUAUUCAAAUAAAUUUAUCAAUACUGGAAUCACUAGUUGAUCCAAUUGAUGAGAUUAUUUUUGGCUUAGCAAAACUGGAAUAUGAAUUAUCUGGUCGAAAUAUAACUGAAAGUCCAGUUAUUUUUGAACGAACUAAACGAAUAGCGAAUAGAUUAGGAUCUAAUCUUCAAUAUUUUGGUGGAUGGACAGAAAAUAUUGAUGCCGUACUUGUUGAAUCGCUUUCACGACCUUUAGAAGAUUUAGAACGAUCAUCUAAGUAUUUGUUUCAAGGAGCAUAUUCCGAUAAUUUAUCAGAAGUAAUGAUGAAAAUGUCUCAUUCAUUUAAUGAAAUGCUAUCGAGAUUAGAUGCAUUAGUUGUUGCGCUUGAAGGAUAUGAAAGUGAUUAUAGAACAAAUUUUGUUAUUAAUUUAAAGACAUCGUUAGUAGCAGCUGCUGAAGAAUUAUCAAAAUCUGAAGAUAAACAAUUUGAUUGUUUUGAUAAUGCUCACCAUUUAUCAGAAUUAAUUCUUGAUAGUCUUGUUGAUGUUCAGACAGCUGUUAAUAAUGUUCUAUAUGAAAUACAACAAAGAAGUUGUGAAGAAGAAAUUAAACGUUUUAGCAUGUCAUCAUUAGCAUUGAACUUAGCUGAAUUAAGAGAAGGUGUAUCACUUGCAGUGCAUAAAACUACAACACUAAAAGAAGAUGAAACGAUUCAAGCAAUAAUAAAUUUAAAGGAACCUUUAAUUAGUUUGAAGUUAUCACUUACAGACAUACAAUUAAAUCAAUAUUUACUAUAA